GACCUGUACCUUAAAAAAGGCAUACCUGUCUUGUUGCUGGAGAAUCUUGCUGUGACAGAAGGCUGGGUGAAUGGGACGCGAUGCAUAGUGGAAAGUAUAGAUGAAAUUGACGUUGUCCUUUUACGUCGUGUGGCUGAUGGGCAAAUGAAACUGAUAGAGUAUACGACUAGCAAUGUUUAUCGGACUCACUAUUCGCGAAGUCAAUUACCGAUUGCUGUGGCGUUUGCUGCGACGAUCCAUAAAGUGCAAAGCCUUACUUUGGAACACGGUGUGGUCAUCAGUUUAGCACAUCCAUUCUUGUCGCAUGGGGAAUUUUAUGUAGCCUGUUCGCGUGUU